AUGGACGCAGCAGACAGGAGGAUUGUUCUUCUGGGUAAGACUGGAGCUGGCAAGAGCAGCCUGGCCAACACUAUACUUGAAGAUGGUAGUUUGUUUAAAGUCUGUCACUCCUCCAAAUCUGGAACAGUGGUCUGUCAGUCUGAGAUCAAAACAGUGCACGGAAGAAAUGUGCAGCUAAUCGAUACUCCUGGUCUUUUUGAUACCGAUUCAAAUGCCCCUGAUUUUACGAAGGAGAUCCUGAAUUGCAUGAUUGAGUGUGCAGAAGGAGUCCACGCCUUUCUGCUGGUGCUCAAAGUGGAGAGGUUCACCAAACAUGAGCUGUCUGUGGCUGAAGUUAUCUGUAAACACUUCUCAGAAGAGGCUCUCAAAUACACCACACUGGUCAUUACUCAAGGUGAUCAGCUGAAAGAGGGGGUCACUAUAAAGGAAUGGGUCAAAGAUAAUGAAGCCCUGACCACCCUGAUUCAGAAAUGUGGAGGUCGCUGUCAUGUGUUUGAUAAUAAAUACUGGAACAACAGCAGUGAUCUAUACAGGAACAACCAGCACCAGGUCAAAGAGCUGCUCAAGACCAUCGACCAAACUGUGCAAAAGAACAAAGGGAGAUGCUACACCAAUGCAAACCUUGAAAAAGUGAAUGAAAAAAUAAACGAGCAAAUCAGGAUAAUCAAAGCAGCACCAGAGAAUGCCAAAUUGUCAGACGUGGAGGUCCGGAAGAAGGCUAAAGAGAACACAUUUGACUUUUUCUGGCCCAUCUUAUCAGGUCUAGUCACAGUGGUGCUUGGUGUCGCCGUUUUCAUUGGAAUGGUAGUUUUAAAAGCACACUCAAAUACUCGAAGAAUUGUCCUGAUUGGCAAAAGUGGCAGUGGAAAAAGCAGCCUGGCCAACACCAUUUUCGGAGCUCAAACUUUCGACGUGAACCACAGCAGUGACUCUAGAUCUAAAUUCUCCCAGGCCCAAACUAGAACUGUGAACGGACUGAAGUUGACAUUGAUUGACACCCCUGGUAUUUUCAACACCGACCGCUCCAGUGACGAAAUUCAGUGUGAGAUAUUUAGCUGUUUGAUCCAAUGCUCGCCCGGACCCCACGCCUUUAUUUUCGUACUUUUGGUGGAGAAGUUUACAGAGCAAGAACAAGCCAUCGUCGAUCAAAUUCAGACGCAUUUCGGUGAUGAGGUUUUCAAAUACACCACGGUAGUCUUCACUCACGGAGACCAGCUGCCCGAAACGAUGAAAAUUGGUGAGUUCGUGGCUCAGAGCAAAGGGCUGAGCGAAUUGGUCCGGAAAUGUGGUAAACGCUGCCAUGUGAUUGACAACAAGUACUGGAAAAACACCAAGCAAAAUGAAUAUCGAAGCAACACGUUUCAAAGGAGAGAGAUCCUCAGUUCAAUCGAUAUGACGUGUCAACAAAACAACAAUGGCUUCUUCAUUAAUUCGAAGUUACAGCAAGUGGAAGCCGAUAUUCGAAAAGAGCAAGAACGUAUUCGCAAGUUGAGAGGCAAUUCUGCGGAGGAGAGCAGAGAUGAAGCAAAGCAAAUAGUCCUUCAAAAAUUCAUACAAACACAGCAACGAAAGCGCUAUCUGAAAUAUAUAUUAAUUGGUGCUGGUUUUUCCGUUGUCUCGUAUAUUCUGAUGGCUCAAAUGGUAAGUUUUUUCAGAGGGGGUAAAGUGAUGUCAGGGUCAGGCCCAGGUGCAAAUGAGGCGCUGGUUCCUUCAGUGGUGGAGGUGGUACAGGAAGUAGUGACACCGAUAAAAACUACUUUAGAUUACAUCAUAGAAACCAUAGAAGCAGUGCUCAAAAGUAGCAUGUGGUCUAACUCCAACAAGACGCAGCCCAUGUAAGACAGACAAGAGUUAUCGUGAUCAAAAAUACAACUUAAAAUUAUUUAAAGG